GUAGUCUGCUCCAAAUAGACAUUCUGGUAGCUUCCAUGAGUGUGUGUGCAGGGGGGGCUGAGUUGAAAGGGGUGGUGUUGCUGUAUAAAUAGGAGGCAGGCUGCAUGUUGAGGGGAACUUUCUCAGAGAGACCAAAGGGCACCAGCAGCAGCAGCCACCAUGGCAGAGAGACGUAUUCCUUUCACCCUGCUCCGCACCCCAAGCUGGGACCCCUUCCGCGACUGGAACCCGACCAGCCGCAUCUUCGACCAGACCUUCGGCAUGCCCGCCACCCUGGAGGACUUCCCCUGCACCCACUGGCCGGGCUACAUGCGGCCCUCCUUGCUGCCGGCAGAGAUGGGCGCCAUGAUGUACCCGGGCGCCGUGAUGGCCCAGCAGGCUCGCGCCCUGUCCCGCCAGGUGAGCAGCGGCAUGUCGGAGAUCAAGCAGACCCAAGACAACUGGAAGGUGUCUCUGGACGUCAACCAUUUCUCACCUGAAGAGCUGGUGGUCAAGACCAAGGAUGGUGUGGUGGAAAUUACCGGCAAGCAUGAGGAGCGCAAGGACGAGCAUGGUUUUGUAUCCAGAUGUUUCACCAGGAAAUACACCCUCCCCGCCAGCGCCAACGUGGAGAAGGUGACGUCCUCCCUGUCACCCGAUGGCGUGCUGACAGUGGAGGCCCCGCUCGCCAAGCCGGCCAUCGAGGCUGCCGAGACCGCCAUACCCGUCACGGUGGACAGCAAAAGCGGGGCGGUGAAGAAAUAGGAGGCUCGCACACAAACGCACGCAUGCAAAUAAGCUUUUUUAAAUGGCAACAAAGAGCUGAGCAGAGAGCACGUUGUUUUAUGUCUGUCAUUGUUCUCCUUAGCGUUUCUACUCCUCUCCUGUCACGCUGCGUCUCACUGACACCCAAAAAGCACAACAAUGCCUGAUGGAAGCCUGCAAAUAGACUUGUUUUAUCCUCUUUUAGGAACGAGAAAGUAACGCAGCAAACCAAGAAUAAAGAUGGAAUGACCUACCA